CAAAUAUUUUAUCUCUGGGAAACUCCUGUCACGUGUCACAAAAUGUCAUUAGAGGUAUAUUUGCAGACAUACGAAAUAAUAACAUGUAUACAAUUACUUUUGUACUAGCAGUUAUCACUUGCCUUGCAAACUCGAAACAUAGAAGUAAGAAAGAAGAUAAAUUACUCUUGAGUCCUAUCGAGCUAAUUGAUCUGGUUCGAGAAGAGCAGCACAAAAACCGCGGGUCCUUACCGAAGUCGCCGGCAUUCGUGACUGAGACGCAGACAGAGAAACCAAAAGCGGAGGAAACUGAGGAUGUUGAAUUUGAACCAGAAUCGUGUGAAGACGAUAAGACGUUAAAGAAUCGUAAGAUUUGGAGUAGAUGGAGCAAAUGGGGUGAUUGUUCGGUGACGUGCGGCGGCGGCACGAUCACGCGCUACCGGCUGUGCGUGGCGGGCAGGUGCGCGCCGGGCGAGCGCGAGGAACAGCGCCGCCCCUGCGCGCGCGCGCCCUGCCACACGGACUUCUACAACAUUACUGACGACUUACACGAAAUAGAAUAACAUCGCCUGUACCCAAGUUAUAUUUAUGUGGUCCCUAGCUUUAGUGGAAAGCGCUUGUUUCAAAUUAAUGAAAGCUAGUUUCGACAAGUCACGUGCCUUUUUUCAUUUGAUUUCCUAUAUUCGAGCGUCUUCAAUCAAGGCUAAUGGUUGUCGACAUUUACUUGGCUGCUACAAUUAAAAAAAAAACGACAUGUUCUAAAAUUUGUGUCUAUAUUUCGCUUGACGAUGACAAAAACAGCUUGAAAAGGAGAGCGAGGUUUUGCUUUACGUCAUUCUUGACCAACCUAGACAAACCUAUGUAAUUGUACUUUUAUAGCUUGACUCUGAACUGUUAUGAGAUUGAGUAUCUGUAACAAAAAGUGUUUAUAUAAAUAUAUCUACUAUC